AAAUUGACAGUGAAUGAAUAAAAUUGACAAUGAAUAAAUGAGUAUGAGACAAAUAGAACUUUCUUGUCUCAAUUUAGAUCAGCUACGAUCUCAUAAUGGAGAGACGUGGAUGUGCAGAAAGAAGACAUCCUAAGAGAAACAAUCCCCAAGAAACAAUUCAAGUUCCACAGAGAAGACAGCAUUGUCAAAAAAAACUAAGACCUGAGGGACUCAGGUAGACAUCUUCUAGGAAGCAGAGGAAUUCUGGGGCUCAGGGAGGAGAAACAGAACAUCGACAGAGAUCUACUUUGACCGCUUCAGCACAAUGAUUUGGAAAGAGCAAGGAAAGCCAGGAGGUGGGUGGGGCUGCUGCGCUGGAGGUUAGGAAGGGGCUGUGGCAUCCCCUCUCCUGCCAGGAGCCCUUUGUGAUGAGGAGGCCACAGCUGUGUGAUAUGGCCUGAGCCCUCCUGACACAUCUCACACUGCAGCCCUGGGCUCAGUGGCCUGAGAGAUGCACUGCCAUUCAUUCAGAAGAUGGAGGGUUUUCUCCUUCUGAUGAAUAGCGCUAUUGAGUCAUGGAUGAACACCAGCACCAUGGACAUAGCGAUGGACAUGAGCUUUGGCAUUGUGUGCGGAGUGGGGCUCUUUUUCCUUCUAACUCCAUUCCUGAAGAAGUACCCACUGUCACCACCACCUGAGAGCCAAAGGGACAUCCCACAGGGUGUGAAGAGGAGGCAGAGAAAGACCAGGAAGAAAAUUUCUACUGUAAAAGAUUAUAGAAACAGCAGAAAGAAUGCACAUGAUACCCAGAAUGCAUCACCACCUAUGGAAAGUCCCACCAGGCAUCAUUUAAUGGACUCCUCUUCACAACCCUUUUGGAACUGUAAAGAGAUACUGCAUCAGCUUACGCUCUCUCGGCUGUUUUCUCACCUCAGAGGCUUAGAGGAUCUUCUACAACAUAAAUUUAUCCGAAUUGUAUGGGGCAUAUCGUCUGUGCUUUCUGACUCAGUUGUGGCUACUGCCUGGGUCUCCAGGGAAUCCUCCUCAGGAGGAUGUAAAUCCGUAAGAUUUAGUGAUACAUGUGACCCUGUCCAAGCUCUACCCAUGUCUCAAGGACCUCCACAGCCUUUCCAAGACCUGCCAUUGCCCCACAAACUUGUGACACCAAACUUGGGAGGUGUUACAGGGGUCAAGGAACUAGAAAACCUUCCAAGUUCUAUGCCAAAACAAACACCUUCUUCGUUCCAGAGCAGGAUCUGUGGAAUGGCAAGUCCUACCCCUAAAAUGGGAAUGCAGGUGCUCCUACCAACUGAAAAUGAGCCGUGGAAAGAAAGAUUAAGUUGGAAAGACAUUACAGGCUGUAAGGUCCAAAAUCAUCAAGCAGCCAAUAGGCAGCAAACUGACAACUUGCCCAGGGGCACCCCGCCCACUAAGGCUAUCGGGUCAGCCUCCAUCCUUCCUGAGCAUUGCCAGAUGCCCCAGGAUCAUGAGGAGCCACAGAAGGGAGGCAAGACGACGAAUGUGGGGAAAAAACAAAGUACCCAUGUCAGGUUCCUCCCGUCCUUAGAACUAACCCAGCUUCAAGAACAGUUUCAAGAAGAUAACAGUGAUCACUAUUGCAAAAGCAGGCCUCAGUGCUCCCAGCCUGCCCAGCCCUCCAUCUUCAACCCCAAAAGCUACACGCUGAGCAAAAUGAUGGGGACUGUGCCCAUGGAGAUACCCUUAAGGAAGGUCAUAGCAAAGUGUGAUAUACAUAACACCAUCAAUAAGGGCCACAGUGCUGAGGACAGAGAUGUGCCUUGCACUUCAAGCAGCACCCCUGGGAAGGAGCUGAAGCCCAGGAACACUGAAGUAAGGACAGAUAAGCUGUCCUCUAUGAAUACCACUGAAGACCUUUCCUUCCUUGAUCCAAAGUCUCAAAUGAAGCUGGAGCCAAAAAUCAUGCAGCUUCCUGUGAAACGCAGAAGGAAACUACCCUGUAUUUCCAAGGCAGAAUACUAUGCCAAGGCUGCCAUGAUCUUGGAAAGAUUGCAUCACCAAGAUCCAGGAGGGACAAGGGUGGAAACUAUAUCAACUGCCAGGCUGCAAAACCCUCUGUUUGAACACUCACCUUCAGAGGUUCAGGGGACCCAAAGAGCCCCUCCAACUGCCUCCAUCCAUGAUCCACACCAGAGAUACCUAAGUGUUCAACCCCAUACUUUCUGCUUUCUGGCAAAACCCCAGCAGAGCAGGAGGCUCCAGGGAAGUUCGAGAAGCUGCCUGCUACCAAAUACCAGCCGAGGAUCAGCCAGACAUCCACCAUGGAAGGGUUCUGAGGAUGUGGCCUCAGGACAUCCCCACUGUAAAGCCACAAGAGUUAGCCCUGAAGAAAGUGUCCCAUCUUUGGUGGCCAAACAAACCAACACACUGAAGGUAAAAGAAGAGACACACAAUGACCAAGCCAUCAAAACAGACUUUGAGUCUGUAGAGGCCAACAGAAGCCCAGGCCAUCUUCAAAUACCUACCCCACAACACUCAGGGGACUUGGCUCUAAAACCAAAAGUAUAUAGUAAGGUCAACUUGAGAACAAGCAAGCCUGAGAACCAUCAUCCAGAUGGCCCCAGUACAGUACACCCUGCCACAGUCAGCUUGCCCUCGCAGCACUCAGUGUCCAGCUUCCAGACUACAUGCCAAAAGCCCAAGACUCCCCAGGGCUUAGGUGAUGUCUGCAUGAGGAGUGGUGAGAGUGCGGAGAAUCAGCAGUUCAGAGUCCGUAUGGAUAAGUUCGCAGCAAAGAAUGACAACACAUUUCAUCCCUGUAAAGGCAGGACGAGUACGUUGAAAUAUGGAGGCAUAAGUCAAGUAGAAAGGCUUGGGACAGUAAGGCCUUCUACUCUGAGCUCCACCCAGCUCAAGGAUAUAGCCAACACUGAGAGUCAAUCCUCCCUAUAUAAACAAGGAAAAAGAGAGACUCUUCCAAAAAGCUCCUUGAAAAACAUCAAAAGGAAUGCUGCACGAUAUGGAAACCUCAGCACAAAAUUCAAGGGGCAAGGGGAUUCUUUGAAGAAUAAAAGCUCCACGCCAUCUACUGAGCAGACACAGGAGGUAACAGAAAGAGAAAACUUCAUUUACAGUACAGCGGUUGAAUCACAACCGCUCACAAAUGUUCUGGUCCAGAACCUGGUCAGUAAUGUAGAUGCAUCAGAUGCACCAGAGUGUAAAGCGGAAUCACGGACAUUCCAGCUGGAUGGCUCUUCUUCUGAGGGUCUGUAUGACCCAAACCAUAUUAGAGCAGCAAGCAGAAUGAGCGGUGGCCACGCCAGCCCUGAGGAGCACAACCAGCCAUUCACACACAGGGCAAUUGGAGACAAAGAGCAGCCAAGUGUUGACCAUAAAGCCUUUGACCCACAUCAAAGCAUAAAGAAAGGAGUGGAAUGUGGCUGUCUUAUGAAUCCCAACGAGAACCAUCCAGUCAAGUGCAGAACUGGAGGCCAGGAGCAGUCAGCUGCUGCUGCCCAGGGAGACUCUGACUCAGAUGAAAUUAGAACAAAGAGUGGAAAGGAGUUCUGUCCACAUAGAAGCCCUGAGAUGCACAGCCAUUCACUCAGAUACAGAGAAACUGGAGACAAACUGCAGCCAUGCCUUAAUGCCCAGAGAGCCUGUGACCACCAUCCCUACAGUGUGAAGAGAAUGGUCUUUGACCAACUCCCCACUCCCCAGGGAAAUGACCAUCCACACAGGUCCAGGGGAACUGGAGACAAGCAGCAGUCAGGUCUUGCUGACCAGAGAACCUGUGACCCAGGUCAAAUUAGGAGUAGUAGAAUGGACUGCUAUCCACACAGAAGCCCUGAGGAGUACCACCAUUCACUCAGAUACAAAGAAAGUGGAGGCAAACAGCACCCAGGAAUUGUCUGGACAGCCUGUGACCCACAUCAAAGUACAAAGGAAGGAACGGGCUGUGGUCACCUUAUGAGUCUCAAAGAGAAUCAUCCAAUCAAGAACAAAGGAACUAGAGGCAAGGAGCAGUCAGAUUUUGCUGCCCAGGGAGCCUCUGACCCCAGGUAGGCCUCACCAGCAGAGGCUACCAUCUUUGCCUUCCUGAACCGGAAAGUCUUCCAGAAGAUGUCAGAUACCGUUUUCCCUUAUGCUUUCCUGGUAAUAAAUGUUGGCUUUUUUUCCUGCAAUGAAA